CGCGUUUGGGCAGGACUGGAACCUCCGAGAGACUGAACCUCUGCUGCGCAAAUUAAGGACUAUGGCGUUGUUUUUUGACCAGUCGUUCGAUUUGUUAAAAAAAAUAAGCGUGGAGACAGAAAGAGAUUUUAUUUUUAACGCAAACAUGGUCCAGUUGACAGAUGUAACAAGCAAGCAUUCGCUGUCUUCUCCUGAACUCGAAAGAACUUACCAUGCGGAGGGGCAAAGGAAAAGGAAGAGGACGAUUUUUAGCCGCGCUCAGCUGUCAGAACUGGAGCGCGCUUUCAUGAUCACGCCGUAUCCGGACAUCAGUCUGCGCGAACGACUGGCUGCACUCACACUGCUUCCAGAAAGCAAAAUUCAGGUGUGGUUCCAAAACAGACGAGCUCGAAGUAUGAAAAGCAAGAAGCUGACCACACCAGUUAGGAGGAGUCCAGGCAGGGAGCUGAGCUCUAACUCUGUACCUGCAGUGAUCUUUCCACCGACCAAUCUUGAUUCAAACCCAGAACAAAGUUCUGGGGCUCCAGAACAAAGAGACAGGGGCCUGCCUCACCAUCAGCAAAGCCUAAGACAAGCUCUCAGCCCCUGGUCUCAGAAUCUUCCACAUCCUCCAGCAGCCAUUUCUCCAGAGCUGCAGUGGGCGAGCAGACACUCGGAAACACCUGGAGCUUCGUCUUUCUCCAGCUGCCCGUCUGACAGGUUGGCUCAAUAUUCGUUCCAAAACCAGUCAAGCACUCACUGGCAGAUUAACUGUUUCUCAGCUCACCCCGAAGGUUUCCCAGGACAUCAGUUGAAAUCUUACUGUGCUGCCAGUCAGGCCAUUUAUUCUUCUAUGUCUGUGGAUCAAGUGAUUCCUACACAUCAAACCAGUUUGGAGGAAGCUCUGCAAAGACAGGCUCUGACACACUACCCUCAGACCUCACUGGCAGAUAUCUCCGACCUCAUAUAUAAAGCAGCUGUAGUCACCAAUCUGGAGGACUGCUAGUCUUUUAUUUAUUGUUGCAUAAACACUAUUGUAAAAUAUUCUCUUUGGUGAACUGACUUAAGUGUCAUUACGGUAGUUAAUGUGUGUUAAUGAAACAUGUUUCCCCCCUCUUUUUUGAUGUUUUGAUAAAUGCAGAUGUCAAGGGGUAGUUUAGGACUGUCCAGCAAGAUUGUGAAAAUGUUGCCAUUAUUAUUUCCUUAUCAGUUAGUUUUUGAAAUAAUACAAUCAUUUUGGUUCUGAACAGUGUCUUUCU